UCCCCAGUCUGAGAGUUUAACGUGAGGUCAGCGGUGUGGCCCCGGGGCCCUGCUGGGUGACGUGGAACUAAAUUAUGUGGCUAUUCAUUGCUUUUGUUUAGGGCUUGCUGAUGGUCAGCAGCAUUCCAGACUGAUAUCCCUGCUCUCGGUACACACACCAAACUCCCACACACUCCCACACACACACACACACACACACACACACACACACACACACACAAAGCAGAAGGGGCCAGAUUUUAACAACAACACAGUCUCAUCACUCUCCACACUGGGCUUUGUGUCUUUGACUAAUACCUCCUGGAACACACACACACACACACACACACACACACACACACACACUGAUGCUGUGAGAGGCCAUAACACACACAUACAUGCCAGAAUGAAAGGGAGGUGUGGCGUUUGAGACCAAAACAAUACCACUGGCCAAAGAUUCAGUGCUGGGGAUGACUGUGAUGGACCGGACUUUAAUGCUUUGAGGAAAAUGUUCCUGGAACUGUGGACGCUGGGAAAUUCACAGUGAAACUGCAAAACAAUUGAGUUGAGCCUGGUUGCCCACUGUUGUUCUACCUUGGAGAGUGUUUCAAACAAACACAAAAGGUGCUGCAUUCCUCAGCACACACACCCCAGAGAGUAACACAACACAGGCGGAGCAGAGAGACAUGUUUAAAUACACACCUCCAUGGCAAGUGCUGUGCUACAGUCUGGAGCAUAACAACAAUAAGAGACGUUCUGAGACUCAUCACGAUGCACAGAGACAAGCGAGGAUUCUGAGCAGCUCCAUUCAGACUCGUGCAGCACGAGACCCUGUGCCUGCUGAGGCCCACAGGUUAUCCAGAAUCACCAUGACUAGCGUUCCUAAACGGUGGGUGAUGAAACCCUUGACUCCUAGAUUAGAGAAGUCUGAUCUCCGGACCUUGCUGAGCCCCGGCGCCGAACCAUGUUCCUCAGAGAACAGCUGGAGUCGCAGACAGAAUGGUGAUUCUCAUACAUUCAGCUUUGAUAACAUCCCAGUGACCAAGUCCUCUGUGAGAGUCAUGGACGGAGAGAGUUUGGAGGAUGUUGUUCAUGCCAAACAAGUGACUGUAUCUGAAGACAGCAGUACCAGUGAGGACUGGCAGCCUAGUACCCCCAACAGCCCCAGUUCUGCAAGCAGUACAGACUGCCACCAGGGGUUCUACUCAUUUGUGGAUGAUCCAAUAAGCCCAGAAGCUGAGAAGAAUGAGGUUUACAUGGUCUCACCUAAGAGACAGGCCAAACUAUCAACUCUGCUAGAGAAGAGUAGCUUUAAGCUGCAGACUUACAUGGAGGAAAGAAGACCGGAGAAGCUGUUCCAUGGGACUAAUGGUGAUGACCAGUACUAUGUUGAUGACGUUUCAGGAGAUGACAAUGAGGAAGAGAAACCAGACCGGAUGGAGAUCAUCCGGAGUCAGGCACCCAAAAAGAACAUUGUCUUCAAAGAGCAGGGGAGUUCCCUGGAGAACUUGGACCUUACCACAUCUCCAGAAAGUUUGGUUGAGGGAUUUAGUCUGUGUUUCAGCCCUGGGAGCUCAAAGCCUCUGCAGUCUGAAGCAGACCCUGGUACCAUUGACAACCAGCAGAUUGAUUUCAAUGCAGCACGUCAACAGUUCCAACUGAUGGAGCAAACGAAGCAAAACCCUUUCUUGAGGAGUUCUCAGGAAUCACUUUCUCCAAAAAAACGUGAACGAUCAUUGUCUGCAGGAGCUAAACUUUUCACAACGGACUUCAACAAAAUCAAACUCCAAAGGAGCACCCUUGGAAAAGACCAGAGAACAAGGAUGCCCUUCGAAGAGGUUCUAGAAGAUACAAUUCAACCUAGCUCCGUGGACCAUAUAGAUUAUGGGCUUGAGACGCAUGGUGUGGAUUCCUCAAGUGUUGGACAUGAAUCCACUGAGCCUACAAUGUUAGACAGUAUAUCUGUGGAUAGCACGAGUGAAACACCUAUUGAGCGAGAGAUCCGAAUAGCUCAGGAACGUGAGCAAGACCUCAGACGUUCACGAGGUAUAUAUCGCCCAGACGCAUCAGAGAUGGUUGAGAUCAAGACCAAGCCUAUCCUGUCCCUACCAACACCACAAAUAAAACCUAUCAAAACCAAAGAACCUAACAGAGUGAGUUUACUUAUUCAGCGUGAGAAUCAAAGGGUUCAUGAGAACCAAGGUCUUUAUGACAGAGGGAGUCGAGGUGAGAGGAAGAUAACUUUUGGGUCUCUAUCAGACCAGCUAGAUGUUAUAUCUUCAAGAAAAAGCCCAAGUAUAAAUCCGACAAGCAGAUCUAUUGUGAACCCUGUGCAUGUGGAACAGAGAGAUGUAUGUGAUGCUGAGGAGCCUCUCUCACCCUGCUGCCCUCAUCGACACCCAGAUGAGACAAUGACCGAGAGGGAAAUGUCUGCAGAAGUUCCAGACAAAAGUCCAUACACCAAGUGGAAAGCAGAAAAAGAACACUAUAAAGCGAAAACUGCAAGUCAACCAUUUUGGAUGGCAGAUUAUAAGACGAAGGAGCCACGAAAAAACGCGUCGUCUCCUCCUGCUUUCCCACCGGAGCCUGAAUGUAGCAGCAGAUCUCCGGGAGUUUGGAGAUCUUUUCCUGAGAGCGUUAGUGAGUGGCCCCGCAUGUCAAACGCUCCUGAUAUCAUCCGCAGAGAAAUUGAGGAGAAUUUAAGACGAGAACAAGAGCUCCAAAAACAACGAGAAACAAAGAAUCUCAUCUCGGACGCCAUGUCUGGGCAAAGGAGUCAAACUUCUUUAAUGAGAUCUGACGAUAGUUUAGUGGAAGCACAAGCUGUCCUACCACAAACAUCUACACACAGGACGAGUAACAGUUCCCUGAACUCCUGGAGUGUAGAUCCAACCCCUGUGAGCUGUCACUCAGAACCAGGCUCCCAAUCAAAACGUCCCUCCUUCACGAAGGCUCAACCAUGGAGUGGCCCUAAGCAUACAACACCUGUAGUUCAUAGGGUAGUUCCUACUAUACCUUCUAGUCCAUUAAGUGAAACCUCCUCCUACAAGGGACUGACGAAGACACUGCUGAAUGACUUCGAGGAAAGACGAGUGCGGCUGAAGCUUGAGGAGAGCUCUUACGCUGGCAUUCAGCCUGUUGAUGACAUUAACAACGAGGUUGUAGAAGUGACUCGUGUAACACGGCACAAGAACACGAGGGCUCUGCAGUGGGAAGCCGGCGUGUACGCCAACGAAGAGAACUGCUGAGUCUGGACAUGCUGUACGAGUGCAAAAUCAGCAACAUGCUCCUGACUUGAUUAACCGCACAGGCUGGAUCUGACUGGCGUGUUCUUCAUGGAGACACCACCCUUUGGUGCUUCUACAGAAGUCACUUGAAUUUCAUCAGGAGACACAGGAAGCUACAUCAUGCUAUGAAUAAUUACAGAACAAUGAUUUGGGAGUUCUCGGGUAGGAACAUGGACUCUCGUAUUUUUGUAUUGAAAAUAUAAAAAAAAACACCAAAUUCUUCAGUAUUAGCAAUGAUAUGAAAUCGUGUAUUAGAUUUAUAAGGAAAUUGCACUGGUUUUAUUUGUAACUUUUAGACAAAAUCAUGCCAAAUACCUGUUUUUUUUCUUUUACUUUACACAAAUACCUGUUUUUUUUAUAACACCACAUGUGUCAGCAAUAUCAAGAAGAGCGAUCACGUGAAUGAUUACAAUAGGACGGGUUUUAAAACAGACUCUUCAUCAGGACUCCUGUAUGGAAUCAUUUACCUUCCAGAAGCUCUUGAGAAGUUUAAUGAGUGAGCUCAGAUCAUGUUCUGCAUGUUCUGCUCUUUAUCCCGUGUUCAGUAGCAGCUGGUUUCAUUUACAAACACAAAGGCUGGAGAAAUGUGCACACUUGUGUAACUGAACAGCAGAUGGAGUGAAAGUACUGAAUUCAGUUUCACGAGUUCCAUUCAUUCAGUGAUCUUUAUAUUUAAUAAUAUAGUUUAAUAAUAAUGAAGAAUAACGUAUUAAGAAAGGAAUAAAAAUUUUUUGUAGAUUUUUCACUGUUUUAAACCAAAAACUAUGAUUUAGAAUAUAAACAAAUUUGCUCCUUUGUACACUAAUAUGAUAUUUAUGUCCAUGCAUAAAGAUUUUGAUGAAUUAAAUAAAAUAAAAUUGUCUGUGGUCUUACUGUGCUUUAUAUGAAACAUAAAGUUAGAGAGCAAACGGUGGUCUAUCAUGGAAUGACCUGCCCAGUCACCGCACCUCAUUCGUACUGAACUGCUCUGGGAUGAACUGGAUCAUAAAGAAAUCCCCAACUAGUUAAGGAACAUCUUUGGCAAGUUAUACAAAAGGGACAGAAACAUUUCAGCAGAACGAACUGUCGGAUGAAGAGAGUGUGUAAAAUCUGGGUUUUUUAAUGCAAAUAAAGUGGACGUUCUGGACA